CCAUAUGAUGUUGUAAUCUUAAAACUACGCGCACUGUGCCGCCGCGAAAUCAGUCUGAGAUCGGACUUCAAGCGCGGGAAUACACGAUGACAAGAAACGCUGGCCUCUGGUCGAUUCGGGUGAUUCUGCUGCUGUGCACCACAUACGUUCACUGGAGCGAUGGACGCAAUUCGCAGAGUUUGCAUGUGCGUUUGUCCCACGGCGGCUGGUUGAUUGGCCGCCACCUGACCACCCACAAUGGUCGGCAUAUGCGCGCCUUUAUGGGUGUUCCAUAUGCAGAGCCACCGCUCGGCGAUCUGCGCUUCCGUCCGCCGGUCGCGAAGGCCGCCUGGGAAGGCGAACGUUUGGCCGUGAAGGAUGCACCCAUCUGCCUGCAGCGCGAUCCUUUCCGACGCGACAUGAUCAUCGAGGGCUCGGAGGACUGUCUGUAUCUGAAUGUCUACACGCCGGAGGUGCCCAAGAGGAAUGGCAGUUUGCCCGUCAUGGUUUGGUUCCAUGGCGGCGGCUGGCAGUGUGGCUCCGGGAUCAGCAGCUUCUACGGUCCGGACUUUCUGCUCGAUCACGACAUCGUCUUGAUCUCGGCCAACUUCCGAUUGGGACCGCUGGGCUUCCUCAGCACGGAGACGGUCGAUUGUCCCGGCAACAAUGGCUUGAAGGACCAACUGGAGGUUCUGCGCUGGGUUCGCACGAAUAUCGCAUCCUUUGGCGGCGAUCCCAACAGUGUUACGGUCUUUGGCGAGAGCGCCGGCGGCGCCAGUGUCACCUAUCACAUGCUCUCGGAGAAGUCGCGCGGUCUGCUGCACCGGGGCAUUGCCCAAUCGGGCACUUACUUUAAUCCCUGGGCGCAGCCUGCCCACAAAGGAGUAGCCGCUGGCAGGGCCACCAAGUUGGCCGAGCUGGUGGGCUGCGGAUCCGCCGGCGAAUGGCCCGAGAAGCUGGAGUGCCUGCGCCAGAGGCCAGCCGAGGACAUCGUGGCCUCCUUGUACGACAUGUUUGUCUGGGACUUUGAUCCCAUGAUUCCUUUCCCGCCAGUCAUCGAACCGGAGCACGAGGACGCCUUCCUCACAGUGCCACCUCGCCAGGCGCUGAAGCCGCAUGGAUUGGAACUGCCGCUCCUGGUGGGCGCCACCGCCGAGGAGGGACUCUUGAAAACGGCCGCCCUGCUCAAUCUUCCCCAGCUGCUGGCCGAGUUCAAGUCCCAGUUUGGCCAGGUCCUGCCGGUCGUCCUGAACUACGAUCACCACGAGGAUUCCGUUCAGCAGCGGAUUACGCAGCGCAUCGAGAGCUUCUACUUCAAGGCUGGACAUGAUUACGAUAAGGCCAAUCACCAGAAUCUGACCGAUCUGAUUUCGGAUGGUUGGUUUGUGGCCGGAAUCGAUGAGUAUCUGCGACUCCGGAUGUCCCAGGAGGGCGUGGGACCCACAUAUGUCUAUCUGUUUGAUCACAAGGGCGCCGCCAGUUUUACGGAGAUCUUCAAGGGCGGCCGCAAUGAGUUCUACGGGGCGUGUCAUGCCGAGGAGCUCCAGUAUUUGUUCCCCAUUGGUCGGGAGCUCUUUGUUAGUGCUGUUCCGACACGAAAGGAUCUGGAACUCCGCGAAUUGAUGCUCCAUUUGUGGGUUAGCUUUGCGGAAAGCGGCAAUCCAAAUCCCAGGAAUGCCAGCUUCCAGUUGCCCAACUGGAGUCCAGCGUCCAGUUAUCCAGUGGAAUAUGCCCGCCUGGGCACCAAAGUCGAGGAUUCCGCAUCCAUUUUCCGACUGGAAAGUGAGUUGAUGCAACAGCGGGCCGAUUUUUGGCGCGAUUUGCAGCCUCACUUGCCCGCCAGCCACGCCCACAACGAACUGUAGUCUUCACAGAGUCUUUAUCCAAAUGUAUUCCAUUUUUAAUUUCAUUAAACCAAUAUUUCACCACAAAAUCUAAACAAAACUAA